AUGACAAACACCCAGACUGUCAAAUUUGCGAGCGCUGAAUGGGCUUGUCCCAACAAGGCUGUCACUCCCCACACCCUUCACCACCUUGUUCUCAAUCUCAUGGGUGAGAAGUUGACUGAUUUUAAGAGCUCUCAUCAGCUUGUCCUGUCUGUUCAUGAUGCAUUGCUUGCCCAUCAGGAUGCAUAUGAAAACACAAAAAUAUUACAUCAAGACCUCAGCGUCGGGAAUAUCAUGAUCUUCCAAGGACAGGGCUUCCUCAUCGAUUGGGACUUAGCAAAGCUAGAUAUAUUUGUCAAUUGCAAACAGCUUGACAUUCUUGUCCUUGAACUGGCUCAGUUCUUCUCACAUCAGUACUCUGUCCUCCCCCUUGAGGCACAUAAGAAACUUGUGGAAUUGCAGCUCUCAUUGAAGGAAAUUUUGGAGGAAGUUGGGCCAGUGUGCAUGGCUGCACAGCAGAAGAUAAUCGAUGUCGCAAAAAGCUUGCUGUUGGAAUCUCCAGCUUACCAGAAGGAGAUGGGUAUGUGGGUCCUGCACUCACACAAGGCCAUCAUCAAUAUGUACAACAAGCACCUUGGGUCAUCUAACUGGCCUGAUAAUGAUGUGGCUGUCUGGCAAAAAACACAUCUGCUGGAAAAGCCAAGCGGACAUUGUUUAUAUACCAAGUCAGUAUGUCCCUCACAGGACAUGACACCCAUAUGGGUACAGAUCACACCAUCUGGCAAGAAGCAUAGGUUAGCUCCUGAGGAUGAUGUGGUAGCUGGCCUAGAUGAUGGCCUAGAUGACCUCAUGUCCUUUGGCUCAUGA